UCCUUCUCACAUGCUUUAUACUUGAGAACGUUAACAAAAACCAUUCACUUCUCAUUCUCUCCUUCAAAAACGCACCCUAUUCUUCCCUAUUUUGCAUCGGCAUUUGUUCUUGAAUCUCUGUGGUAUUCUCUUCACAGAGAUGGAAAGAAUGUUCCCUACAAAGAAGCCUUCAACUAUGAAUUCACAUGAUAGACCCAUGUGUGUUCAAGGUGACUCAGGUCUUGUUCUUACCACUGACCCGAAACCUCGUCUUCGUUGGACUGUUGAACUCCAUGAACGUUUUGUUGAUGCUGUUACUCAACUUGGAGGACCUGACAAAGCCACUCCUAAAACUAUUAUGAGGGUUAUGGGUGUCAAGGGUCUCACUCUUUACCAUCUCAAGAGCCAUCUUCAGAAAUUUAGGCUUGGAAAGCAACCCCACAAAGAAUUCAAUGAUCACUCAAUUAAGGAUGGUAUGAGAGCUUCAGCUUUAGAACUGCAACGAAAUACUGCUUCCUCUUCUGCCAUGAUUGGCCGCAACAUGAAUGAGAUGCAAAUUGAGGUGCAAAGAAGACUUCAUGAACAGCUUGAGGUGCAAAAACACCUUCAACUAAGGAUUGAAGCUCAAGGAAAAUACAUGCAAAGUAUAUUAGAGAAGGCUUAUCAAACCCUUGCAGGUGAAAACAUGGCAUCAGCUACAACUAACCUAAAGGGUGUUGUUAUUGGACCUCAAGGAAUUCCAGAAAUGGGACUAUUGAAAGAAUUUGGUACACCUCUUAGUUUCUCAUCUUUUCAAGAUCUCGACCUUUUCGGCGGCAGCGGCGGCGGCGAUCAACUCGACCUUCAACAAACCAUGGAAAAACAAACCCUAGACCAUCAUGGAUUCAUCCAAAUCAAUGAUAACUUAUGUCUUGGCAAGAAGAGGCCAAACCCUAACGCUAACCCUUAUAAUGGAAACGGAAAGAGUCCUUUAAUGUGGAGUGAUGAUUUAAGGCUUCAAGAUUUAGGACCAGCUUCAUCAUGUUUAGAUGAUCCUUUCAAAGGUGACCAAAUUCAAAUUCAAAUUGCACCACCAUCAUUGGAUAGAGGAAAUGAUAUUGAAACUAUAGAUAUCUAUGAUACAAAGCCUUUACUCCAAGGGGAGCUUUUAGGCGAAAAGAAAUUCGAUGCGUCGAUGAAUAAUAAACUCGAAAGGCCAUCGCCAAGAAGAGGCCAACAACUUCAUGCUGAAAGGAUGAACAAUCCUAUGAUUAGUACUGGUAUCAUGGCACAAGGUAGAGGCUCACCAUUUGGAUGAAAAUGAUUAAUCAUCUUAAUUUUUAGAUUAUGUGAUAAUUAUUUUAUGUUAUAUGUAAUUGUUUCUUGAUGUGAAACACUCUAGGGUUUUGAUUUUUGUUUUGGAAAUCAUCAUGUGGUAUAAUUAUUAAUUAAUGCCUUUGCAUGGCAAACAAAAGUUUUAAUUAUUCUAACUAAAAUAUAUAAUUAAAGCACUUUAAAUGUGCUUAGUUAAUGUGAGAA